AUGUCAGCGUUUGUACUUAUAUCUGCGAAUGCGGCUUAUAAAAAUUUAGAGAAAACUCAAAAGCAUAGGAAGAAAAGUAGUAGUCGUAGUUCUGAAAUUUCAACAUCAAGAGUAUCAAUUUCAGAACUGUCAUUGGAUAAAAGCACCAGAACUUCCAUUGCAUCAUCUACGUCAUCAUCUGGAGAUUCCAAGAGUCAAAACACUUCACAAAAAAAAGUGUUCGAUGUCAAUAAAAAUGCAUAUGUUGAUCGUAAUACAUUAUUACUCCCUCCUGAUAGGGCAAUAAUAGGGUAUGAAAGAAAGUUGAAUAACCUUACUAAAUUCAAAUAUCAUGCUUUAAAUGAAGGGUUGAAUGGACAUUAUGUAAAAUUAUCGUUAGAAGAAGAUUCGCAUUGUCUUUUCACUAAAAAAAAUAUAUUAGUGUUAAGAUACAUAUAUUUUGAAGAAUUCAACUUUGAUGUAUCAUAUAUAAGAAGAACAGUGUCAACAGAAGGUACGAAAUUGGCACAUAUAAAUCAUAUUGCUAAAAUUCGUAGUAUAAAGGAAACUCUGGGACUCCCACUGUUGAUGGAUGAAGAAACAAAUGAAGAUAUAAAAGAUGAAUAUAAUAUGAAGAAUAUAAGAGGGGUAUUUAAUUCUUCGCAAUUUUGGAAUAAUGUAUAUCAAGAUAUGAAAUUUGAAUCUCAACGUGUGGGUGAAGAUGAACAAGAUCACUUCAAGAUUUUACCAGGAAUAUCACAAAUUAAAGAAUUUUUCGGUGAUAUAUUUGAUUAUUUUUUGUAUCACAUAGAUAUACUUGAUAUUCCUAUUACCUCGUCACUUGAAAAAUAUGCGUCUCAACUUCGGGGAUAUCAAUUUUUCUACUUAAGAGAUAAACAUUAUGAAUGGUUUAAUAUUAUGAGUAAUGUACAUCUUAGAAUGUACAGGAAUCAAUCAAUUAUUAGUAACUUUACAACCAAUUCAAAAAAUUCUGAGCAAUAUCCACUUCAACCAACUAUUGAAUUAUUAUUGAAAAUUAUCACUGAUAAUCUUAAACUGGUUUUUACUUCAAGAAGAUUUAAUCAUCAUGAAAGAGAAUUAAAUAAUAAGAUGUUUUCAUUUUGGAAUGAAUUCAUGCUUUUCUUAUUUAAAGAACUUAUAGUGGAACCUAAAAAAUAUAUCACAGAAAAUUCUACUGAAACCCAUGAUGAGAACAAAUCAUUAUUCACUGCAGGAUACCAAGAUGAAGAAAUUAUACUGGAAAGUAACUAUAUACUGACAACAAUUGAACAUAUUCAGAGUAUACCACCGCAUCAAUCAAGUCCAAGGUCUGGGUUUCGAAUCUUGGACGAGAAAGCCAACUACCGAAACUAUUCAGUGGUUUCCAGUAUGGCUAGCUCUGCACCUUCCAGCAUAUCUAUUCAAAGACAUGAAAGUACUCCAAUGACUGAUUUUUGCGUUCCUAUACAGGAAGAAUCCCCUACAACUACCACAACUUCUAAUUCUAAUUCUAAUUCAAGUAAUGGUAGUAUUAAUGAUUCAAAACCGAAAAGGCUGUUUUUUGGAAGAUUCAAGAAAUCUUAA